AUGUCUACAGUUCUGUUGCCUAUAAAAAGAGCAUUUGAAGUCCUUUAUUGGAAUUUAGUUGUCCCCGACGCCGCCGCUGCUGACAUCAAUGCCUUCAUCAACGCCGAAACGCGAGGAAAAAUACCAAAGCUUAUAGAACCCUCCUUUGUUAAAGACGCUAAAAUGGUCUUAACUAACGCCGUCUACUUCAAAGGCUUUUGGAAAUACCCGUUCAAGCCUCAAAGGACCCACAAGGACAAGUUUUUCGUAACCCCGGAAGAAUGUCCAAGUGGAUAUGAUGACGCAAACGGGAAGGUUCAAAUAUGGUGUCUUUCUCUUUAUGGGAACAUGUACACAAUUCCAACACAGAACAAGUUACCUUACAAUGCAAAAAUCGUAAAAUGA